AUGCGGACGCUGCGGGCCGCCCUGACCCUGGCGCUGGGCGCCGGCCUGGGCGCGGCGGCCGAGGGCUGGCGGCGGCGGCGGGCGGAUGCGCGGCCGGCGCCGGGGCUGCUGGGCCGGCUGCCGGUGCUGCCCGUGGCGGCGGCGGCCGAGCUGCCCGUCGUGCCCGCCGGCCCCGGGGCCCUGGCGGGCAGCGGGCCCGGCGAGCUGGCCAAGUACGGGCUGCCCGGGCUGGCGCAGCUCAAGAGCCGCGAGUCGUACGUGCUGAGCUACGACCCGCGCACGCGCUGCGCGCUCUGGGUGGUGGAGCAGCUGCGGCCCGAGCGGCUCCGCGGCGACGGCGACCGCCGCUCCUGCGACUUCCGCGAGGACGAGUCGGUGCACGCCUACCACCGCGCCACCAACGCCGACUACCGCGGCAGCGGCUUCGACCGCGGCCACCUGGCCGCCGCCGCCAACCACCGCUGGAGCCAGAAGGCCAUGGACGACACCUUCUACCUGAGCAACGUCGCGCCCCAGGUGCCCCACCUCAACCAGAAUGCCUGGAACAACCUGGAGAAGUACAGCCGGAGCUUGACCCGCACCUACCAAAACGUCUAUGUCUGCACGGGGCCGCUCUUCCUGCCCAAGACAGAGGCUGAUGGGAAAUCCUAUGUGAAGUACCAGGUAAUCGGCAAGAACCAUGUGGCAGUGCCCACCCACUUCUUCAAGGUGCUGAUCCUGGAGGCAGCAGGCGGGCAAAUCGAACUCCGCUCCUAUGUGAUGCCCAACGCACCCGUGGAUGAGGCAAUCCCGCUGGAGCGCUUCCUGGUGCCCAUCGAGAGCAUUGAGCGGGCCUCAGGGCUGCUCUUUGUGCCAAACAUCCUGGCAAGGGCCGGCAGCCUCAAGGCCAUCACUGCAGGGAGCAAGUGA